UGGACCAAAGCAUUGCCAGAAAGGAUGUAGUAUUCCUGCUGGAUGGUUCUGAUGGCACUAGGAAUGGCUUUCCAGCAAUGCGUGACUUUGUUCAAAGAGUGGUAGAGAAACUCACUGUGGAGGAGAACAGAGAUCGCGUGUCUGUGGUCCAGUAUAGCAGAGAAUCAGAGGCCCACUUCUAUCUGAACACUUACACAACAAAGGAAGACGUUGUGGACACCGUAAGAGGCCUGAGGCACAAAGGAGGGAGACCCCUCAACACUGGGGCAGCUCUCCAGUAUGUCAGGGACAAUGUCUUUACUGCCUCCUCCGGAAGUCGGCGCACUGAAGGUGUUCCACAGAUUCUGAUACUGCUGAAUGGUGGAAGGUCCUUUGACAAUGUAGAUACACCAGCGUCUGCACUCAAGGAGCUUGGUGUCUUGGUGUUUGGAAUUGGAACAAGGAGCUCUGAUAGCAGAGAAUUACAAAAAAUAUCCUAUGACCCCAGUUAUGCUCUUUCCGUGUCUGAAUUUACUGACCUCCCCAACGUCCAACAGCAGCUUCUUUCUGCUAUGAGCACUGUCAUUGUACAGGUCACAACCAUGACACCAACAGUAAAAACAACAAUUCUAGUUGAGAGUCAGGCUCCCAGGAGGGAUGUCGUGUUCUUGCUGGAUGGAUCUGAUGGCACUAGGAGUGGAUUCCCAGCAAUGCGGGACUUUGUUCAAAGAGUAGUGGAGACACUCGGUGUGGAUGAGAACAAAGAUCGCGUGGCUGUGGUCCAGUACAGUAGAGAUCCAGCCGCCCAAUUCUAUCUGAACACAUACACAACAAAAGGAGAGAUUCUCAACACUGUAAGAGGUCUGAGGCACAAAGGUGGGAGACCUCUCAACACUGGAGCAGCUCUCCAGUACGUGAGAGACAAUGUCUUGACUGCCUCCUCCGGAAGUCGACGCACUGAAGGUGUUCCACAGUUACUGAUCCUGCUGAGUGGUGGAAGGUCCUUUGACAAUGUUGACACUCCAGCUUCUGCUCUGAAGGAGCUUGGGGUCUUGAUCUUUGGAAUUGGAACAAGGAGCUCUGAUAGCAGAGAAUUGCAGAGGAUAUCACAUGAUCCCAGUUACGCUCUGUCUGUCUCUGACUUCACUGACCUUCCAAACAUCCAGCAGCAACUUCUGUCCUCCGUGGAGUCAGUUGUUAUUGACGUUACGCCAGAAUCGACAACAGAUUUAGGUAUGUGUCAUCACUGUUAAU